CCACAGCAAACAUGACGACCCCUACAGUGGCAAAAGCCCCACACAUACCAAUUAAUAAUUGAAUAACGUACACUAACCACGUACCCAAAGUUCACAGCUCCAGCUAAUAACUACCCAAUCGUACCUUUCCCCCGGUCCGCAUAUCAAACGACUGAUACCCCAUUGGCCCCACACACACACACUCACACUCCCUUCCUAUAUUAAGCCACUGCAUGUAUAUAUUUUCACAUACAAUCAUAGACACAACAUAAGGAAUUGGAAGAGAUCAUAUAGCUAGAAACUAGAAGAAAGAGUUAAAAAAAAAAAAGAAAAAGAAGAGGAAGUAAAAAAAAAAAGAUGAAGGGAGGGGGCCCAUGUAGGAGGCUAGGAGAGGCCUUUCGCCGGGCGGAGACCGCGGUGAACGGUGCGGUCGCAGCAUGCCGUGUGGGGAGGUACUUCAAGCUGGACGCGCGGAAGAGCUCCUUCACGAAGGAGCUCCGCGCGGGCGCGGCCACGUUCCUCACGAUGGCGUACAUAAUCUCCGUCAACGCCGCGAUCCUCACCGACUCCGGCGGGCCGUGCACGGCGCGGGACUGCGCCGCGAGAGGUCGCAACGCGGCCCUCGAUGACCAGUGCAAGUUCGGCGACGACCCCGGGUACCUGAAUUGCCUGUCGCGCACGAAGGCCGACCUCGUCGUCGCCACCGCGGUGUCGGCGGCGGUCGGCUCCCUCGCGAUGGGCGCCUUCGCCAACCUGCCGCUGGCGCUGGCCCCCGGCAUGGGCGCCAACGCCUUCUUCGCCUACAACAUGGUCGGGUUCCGUGGCUCCGGGCCCGUGCCGUACCCGACCGCGCUGGCGGCCGUAAUGCUGGAAGGCUGCCUCUUCCUCGCGCUGUCGGCCCUCGGCCUCCGGUCGAAGCUGGCGCGCAUGAUCCCCCGAUCGAUCCGCCUCGCCUCCGCCGUCGGCAUCGGCCUCUUCCUCGCCUUCACGGGCCUGCAGGCCCACCAAGGGGUCGGCCUCGUCGGGCCGAGCCCUUCCACCCUCGUCACCCUCGCCGCCUGCUCCCGCACCAACGCCACCACCGGCGCCUGCCUCGGCGGCACCAUGCGCAGCCCCACUUUCUGGCUCGGCGCCGCCGGCUUCGCCGUCACCGCCACGUGCCUCGCACGCGACGUCAAGGGCAGCAUGAUCUACGGCAUCGUCUUCGUCACGCUCGUCUCCUGGAUCCGCAACACCAGCGUGACGGUCUUCCCCGACACCCCGCUCGGCGACUCGAGCUUCGAGUACUUCCGGAAGGUCGUCGACUUCCACACGAUCAAGACCACCGCCGGCCGGAUCGGCUUCUCCGGCUUCGGCCGCACGGACGUGUGGCUGGCGGUGAUCACUCUGCUGUACGUCGACGUGCUCGACACGACCGGGGCCAUGUACUCAAUGGCGGAGUACGCGGGGUUCGCGGACGGCGGCGGGGGAUUCGAGGGCGAGUACCGCGCGUUCAUCGUCGACGCGGGGUCGACGAUCGUCGGCGCGGCCCUCGGGACGACGACGGUGACGACGUACAUCGAGUCGACGGCGGGGAUUCGGGAGGGCGGGCGGACGGGGAUCACGGCGAUCGCGGUCGGGCUGUGCUUUCUGGCGUCGCUCUUUUUCGCGCCGCUGUUCAUGAGCGUGCCGCCGUGGGCGGUGGGGCCGUCGCUGGUGCUCGUGGGCGCGAUGAUGAUGAAGAUGGCGAAGGAGAUCGAGUGGGGGGACGCCAAGGAGGGGGUGCCGGCGUUCCUCACCAUGCUGCUCAUGCCGCUGACCUUCUCCAUCGCCAACGGCAUCAUCGCCGGCGCCGCCGCCUACGUCCUGCUGCACCUAUGGGAUUACGCGGUGGGGCUGUGGAGGUGGGGGAGGAGUGUGUGGAGGUUGAUGGAGGAGGCGCAUAACCAGGUCUCCGCGGCCGCCGCCGAUAUCCCCGCCGCGCCCGUUUAAUUGAAAUUAAGACGAACCAGAAUUUUCUGGUCCGGACGAUCCCCGAUACGGGGCUGUUUGUUUUAUCUCGGCACGAAUCUUAAGGUGACAUGAACGACGGAUAAAAUAGGCUCGUACGUAUUGGGAAUCAUCCUCACUGAAUUAAUUGUUUUCUGUUUUUUGAGAUAUUCUUAGAUAUUCCGUGUUUACUGACGUACUUAGGUUUUGGUUAGGUUAUAAAACAGGGUGCGUGCUAAUAAGCAACGUUGCCAUAUGAAGGAAAAAAAUAUUAAUUUGGGAAGGUAUGUGACAGUUAUGAGUUAAUGGUCGUCAUUAAUUCUAUCAUUG